AUGAUAUCCGGUCCGCGGCAGUCAAACGACGAAUCCAAAAAGCCGUUCCGUCUACGGAAGAGCUUCCAUUUGUCCAAACUCGGUGCCACCGCUCGUCUUUACGCUUCCGCAUAUGGCAUCUACGAAGUUGAGAUCAACGGCUAUCGAGUCGGGGAUCAUGUCCUCGCACCGGGGUUUCAGUCGUACCAGCAUCGCUUGCAUUACCAGCUACACGAUGUCAUCAGAUUGUUGCGGGAGGGAGAGAACGUGGUCGGCGCUUACGUCGCCGAGGGCUGGUACGCUGGGCGCUUGGGGAGGCCAUCUGUCUCAAACAUCUGGGGUGACCGAAUAGGUUUCCUUGCCCAACUGGAAUGUGAUGGUGAAGUGGUGUGCCUCACCGACUCGUCAUGGCAAUGGCUCGCCGGACCCGUGCAAGCGGCGUCAAUAUACGACGGGGAGCAUUUUGACAGUAAUCAGGACCAGACGAAUGGGUCUAUUCCGGGCUCCGCAGUGACCGUAAAGGGCUCUGCCGAAGAUCUGGGCUUCCCCUCUGCAGCUCUGAUUGCACCGGAAGCGCCACCCGCGAGACGCAUUAUGGAAGUGAAGCCGGUGGAGAUGAUCACGACACGAAGCGGGAAGAAGGUGUUGGACUUUGGUCAGAAUCUGGUAGGCUGGUUGCGGAUUGAGAAGCAAAUCGAAGGCAAGCCAGGCGACAAGCUCUGGAUCCGGCAUGCUGAAGUGAUGGAACGUGGUGAGCUAGGCGUCAGACCUUUGCGUACGGCCAAGGCGCAGAGUCUUGUCACCUUGGGUGGCAACGUCAAGGGCCACGAGACACGCUUCACGUUCUUCGGUUUCCGGUACGCAGAGAUCAAUUGCCCUGGCUCACUGUCCUUGAACGAUUUUACGGCAAUCGUGAUUUCCUCGGACCUUCGACGCACCGGAGUGUUUGAAUGCUCUCACAAGCAGAUCAAUCAGCUCCAUCAGAACACUGUAUGGUCCAUGCGUGGGAAUUUUCUGUCGCUACCUACGGACUGUCUGCAGCGUGAUGAGCGGUUAGGAUGGACAGGCGAUCUCCAAGUCUUUACUCCGACGGCCAACUUCCUAUUCGACACUUCUGCAUUGCUGGGCGAGUGGCUCCGUGACGUUGAAGCCGACCAGAGAGACAACAACGGGGUGCCGCCAGUCAUCGUCCCCGUGAUCCCGAAACCACCAACGCAUACCGAAGCCAGGCCGAUGGCGAUAUGGGCGGAUUGUGUCAUUCUCACACCGAGAGAUCUCUACGAGAGCUUCGGCGACCUGGCUUUCCUCGAGAGGCAAUGGGAGAGCAUGUGUCUUUGGCUUGACAAAGGCGUACCGCGAGAUGAACAUCAGCUGUAUGCAAAGACCUCCCCACAGUAUGGCGACUGGCUUGACCCACGUGCACCUCCGUCAUUGCCCGGACAUGGUCCAACAGAUUGUUACCUGGUCGCAAAUGCGUAUCUGAUCCAUGUCACGAGAGUUGCCGCUCGAAUCGCUUCGAUGCUUGGACACUCAGAUGCCGCCGAAAAGUACUCCUCGCAAGCUUCCAAAAUGUUGGAUCGGUUCCACGAAGAGAACGUGACGCCUGCUGGCAAGCUCUCGUCCAACUCUCAGACUGCAUACGUGCUGGCUUUGCAUUUCGAGUUGUAUCCGUCAGCAAAGCAAAGACAGAUGGCGUGCGAGACGCUCGAGCAUCUCACAAGAUGGGAGGCCUUUAAGAUCACAACAGGAUUUGCAGGCACGCCCCUGAUCUUGAAGACACUUGCGGACAACGAUAUGCUCAGUCUCGCCUACCGCAUGCUGCAAGAGCGUGAUGAUCCGAGUUGGCUUUACACCGUUCGCAUGGGUGCAACAACGAUAUGGGAACGCUGGAAUUCCAUGCUGCCAAACGGCGAUAUAAAUCCAGGCCAGAUGACGUCUUUCAAUCACUACGCCUUAGGGUCCGUGUGCGACUUCUUGCAUGGUGUGGUCGGCGGCCUUUCUGCUGAGACCCCUGGAUGGAAACGAGCACUCGUCCGCCCUCGACCAGGCGGAAGUGUCACUAGAGCAUCUACCUCGUAUGACUCCCCUUAUGGGCCGUACGCUGUAGAGUGGAAGUGCAACGGAGACCGUCUGUCGACGACUCUAUCCGUGCCUCCGAAUGGAGAGGCGCAUGUAAUACUCCCAGGUAUAGAUUGUGUUGUUGGUAGCGGGUCGCACAGCUGGGAGGCGAAGUGGCGUCCAGAUCCGAAAUGGCCUCCCCAACCGAUUCAAGGAGCACAAGGUAUGAUCCUGGAGUCAGUCUUCGUGCCGUAA